AUGGAACGAAAUUUACCGUAUGUCAGUCGAUCACCUCUACAACGUGCUGCUCAUACAAAUACUUAUGAUCCGUCAGCACAGUAUCGUGCUUUGUUGAUGCCACCGGCUAUACGUGAAACUGAAAUACAAGAAAAUAAUCAAUAUCCUUCGAAUUUUGAAGCAGAACAAGAAGUACCUGCUACUAUUAAUAAUCAAGCGUCUAAUAGUCUUCCCCUUAUACCAAAAUAUUAUUAUCCAAAUUAUAAUGAACCAAAAGAUACAACUUCUAAUAACCCUGUGUCCGAAACCGUACACCAUGGUAAUCCUGAUUUAAUACAACAGCCAGUUAAUCCUGAUUUAACACAACAGCCAGUUGUUGCUGAAUACCCAUAUUCUAAUACUAUGGAUCCUUAUUAUCAGCCGGUUCUAGCACCUUCAGAUCCAUAUUAUACGGGUCAGUAUUAUCCUUAUACAACACCAUAUUAUCCACCGGUGGCAGCUCCUGUUCCUACAACAAAUUAUUUUCCAGUUAUACCACAACAGCCAAUACCUACGAGUAAU